CAGCAACCCUUGCAGCCCUGUUGAAGAUCCGCACCAGCUUAAUAACAAAAGCAACUUGAUGGAAACGGCAGUAAAGACUCAAGGGUAUCUUAUGUAUUGUACUGCCUAGUACAAUACAAUGCAAUGACAUCUAUGAUAUGGUACGUGCCCCAGGCUUGAUAAGGACGACCGACCUCCUAGGCUGUCUGCGAUCUUGGUUCAAAGUCCGAUUCACACAGGACAAUACGGAUACAGGCCAAGCCUGGCUCGCCUGGCUGACAUCCAUUGAACCUACAGUUGCGUCAUACAUCGGGCAAGUCUGCAAAUCUCCAGAAUCAUCCCAUACCAUAUACGUGGUCUUCUGUCGUCGAGAUUUCGGCUCACUUGCACCGCUCUUUCUAUCCGGCGAGCCAUUGUGCCAUCGAGAUGCCAAAACCCCGAGUGGGAAAUCCACAUCGAGAAGUUGUGAGGCGAUGCCGAGGGCUUUUUAUCUGACCACAGUUUGCUGUUAUCUCCCCUUCAUGAGUCCAACCAUGUGGUUCUGGGUGUUUGCCCCCCUGGAGCUAAAGUUAGGCACCGUGGUCAAAAUUUGGAGAUGGGUUGGUUAAGAUGACGAACCGUGCCAUUGGUGUGCGCCUACCUAACAACAGCAAUGCUUGCCGCAAUCUCUGGGUUGCUUGACUGACCUUACUUUGCUAAUGAAACCCCCUAUACGAAAUUCCCGCGUUGGCUCCUCCAAGACGCUGCAAAGCUCCACGCUUAGUUAGCAUGACCCGUGGGCUGAGGCUUUCGGUGGCCUAUGUCUUGGCACAACUGGUUCCUGCCCCCCAUGUUGUUGGCACUGUUGUGACCAUGACAACUACGAGGGUCA